GUUCAUUUUGUAAGGAGCACUGCCAAGCGUUGUGUGCGGCGAGUUAGCGCAACUUUUAACGCUGCUAUACCUGUAGGCCAUUCGAAUUAAGAUUCUCCCCACCAUGGAUGCCACGAGGUUAGCUUUUCAGAUUUCAUCAUAAAUUAAUAACAAAAUGAACAGUGAAUCGGAAGAAUCCGAUUCUUGUGUUAGCCACGUGGCUAAGCAAUUGACUUUAGAGGAAAUUGAUAAGAUGAAGGCCCAAAAUUCACGUUUAGUUUCCGAUUUUCAAGCAAUGCAAUUAGAAAAAAAUGCAAAAAAGCACUGGGACUUAUUUUAUAAAAGAAACGAGGUUCGAUUUUUCAAAGAUAGACAUUGGACCACACGUGAAUUCCAAGAGCUGUUAGGGUUAGAAAAUCCAAAGAAUGCGCAAACUUUAUUGGAAAUUGGUUGCGGAGUAGGCAAUUUAAUUUAUCCAUUAUUAGAAGAUAAUAUUAAUUUUAAAAAAAUAUAUGCUUGUGAUUUGUCUCCAAGAGCAGUCGAAUUUGUUAAAGGUCAUAAAUUAUAUAAUCCAGAUAAAGUUGAAGCUUUCCAAAAUGACGUCACCGUUGAAAAUUGCUUUGAAGAAGUUCAUUUACCAAUUAAUAUUGCUACAUUAGUGUUUGUUUUGUCUACGAUACAUCCAGAUAAAAUGAAAAGUGUAAUAAAAAAUUUAUAUCAAUGUAUGACUGAAAAUGGAAUAGCACUAUUUAGAGAUUAUGGAAGAUUUGAUAUGGCACAAUUACGUUUCAAACCAGGACAUAAAAUAUCUGAAAAUUUUUACAUGCGGCAAGAUGGCACAAGGUUUGUGAGCUAUUACUUUACUACUGAAGAAGUACAAGAUUUGUUUGAAUCAAAUGGUUUUGAAACUGUAAGCUGCAUAUACAUACAGAGACGAACAGUGAAUUUAAAAGAAAAUAUUGAUGUUCCAAGAAUAUUUGUUCAAGGAAAAUUUAUGAAAAAAUUACAAUGAUGUUGCAUAGAUAUUUAAAGGAACUUUUAUGGAAAAAUUGAACUUUAUAAAUGCAUGUCAUUGCUGGAAAUAUUGUUGGAUAUGAAAGCAGUAAUGGAAGUAGCAGUAGAAGUAGUCUUUCAUAUUGUCUUUAUGCUAACAUACUAUGGACAAACAUUUCAAAAGUUUUAUAUCGUAACUCUGAAAGUGUAAGAGAAUAAAGAAUAUGCCAGAUGGAUGUCAAUUUAGAAAAAUAAUGAGGAUUUUUCUGGAACUGUUUCACAAAUAAUGAGUCACAGUCAUUUUUGUGUAGCAGCCUAGUCAGAGAUGGAGUUGUAAAGGACAAUAAAAUUUGAUGACUUUGGAAGCCAUUAAAUUCAACUAUGGUGAACUGAAUAUUAUGUUGAAAAAUUUAUUUUUAAUUAAUUCAUGUAAAUAUAUUUUUUACAAUAAAAAACUUAUUAUUAAUAAAAGAAAUCAAAACUUUUGGUAUUCUUAGAAUACAGUAGUUUUACACUAGAUACAAAAAAGUAAAAUGAUAAAUGAUUUUUUGAUUUACAAUUAUGAACUUAUUAAAAAUUGAUCAAUGUUAUUAUAAUAACAUUUACUUAUUGAUGCCUAUGAAAUUUCAAUUGAAUUAGAAUUUGGAUGCUGAAGUCUUUUAUGCAAUGAUUUGAAGAUUUUCUGUUUGAUUUCUAAUUCGAAAUUCGGAGUAAAUUAAGUCAUUAAUAUUGAAGCAUGCCGCAAUUAUAUUACUUUAAUUUAUAUUUGUCAAGAAGUUAUGAAAUAGAUGGUAUUUUA